AUGUAUUUUUUGAUACUGCUGUGUUUAUUAGUUUUUUCUUCAUCAAUUCAAUGGUGUUGGAGCAACGACGUUGUGACUU